GCUGACAUCAUCCGGGUGCAUGAGAAAGGGGAUUACAUCCCUGGCAUUGUGGCUUCCUGUUCUAAGGAGCUGAUGAGGGUGCGUUCCAUGACUCCCCAGGUGUUGCCCAACUGGCACAGCAUUGGCCAUGAUGAUCCCCGGGUGGCUAGACACGCCUGGCGCAAGCAGGUCCGUGCCUGGGAGGCGUUGGGUGACAAUUCCUGUGAUCUCCCUGUUGUUUCUAAUCCUUCCACUGGCCCACUGACUGUCAAUCUUCCGUCUCCACCUGUCCCUUCCCCCGCACCUGUCCCUUCCCCGCCACUGAAAGGUAAGGCCAUUUCUGUUGACUUGGAGCCGGAAGUCGGAGGGAGCAACAAGAGGAAGUCCCCCAUGAUUUCUGGACACUCCUCCCAACCUCCGAAGUCGGCGAUGAAGGGUCACAAGCGUGUCAAGUCAACUGGACCCCCAAUCGAAGAUGAUGAAGACCCAAUUGUUCAGCCGAUUUCGCGUGGAGUGCCGGAGGUCCCCCAGUUGCCUCGUUCACCUGGUUCCCCCAAGAAGCAAUCAUUUGGGCCUGCUUCGGAAUCUCCCAUCAGUCGUCCGAGGCUCGGUCGUCCGGAAGUUGAGGAGUCCACUGGUGAUACUUCCAGCGCUUCGGACGGUGACCCUCCGGCCACUACCACAUUUGAUAUCACCAUUCCCGGCCCAAACAACCCCUGCCAUUAUUGCGUCAAGGAGAAUUGGCCCUGUGCGACUCGUUUGGACAAGAGGUCCAGCCUCCCCUGCUUGUCUUGCAUCCGCUGCUCCACCAAGAAGAUCAAAUGCAACCCGGCAUCUCUGGGAUCCCCGCCCAAACGGACCCGAGGGAAGUCUACCACGGGACGGACGUGUUCCAAGACACCUGCCCCUGCUCCAUCCACUGCUCCGUCUCCCUCCCGGUCAAGGGCCCGGACUCGUAGUCAAUCUCGUGGCCCGUCCCGAACUCCGGCCAUCCCUGCUGCAAGUACACCCCAGGUGCAGUCACGUGGUCGCAGCAAGACCAUCACUACCAAGAAGACACCUGCACCUGCACCUGCACCUGCACCUGCGCCAGCUCCUGUUCGGUCUUCCCAUGCCGUGCAUCUCCAUUCCAUGGCAAUCGCGAUUCGGGAUGGUGCAGCUCGCAUCGCUAUUCUUGAGGCUCGGCCCCGGCGCACGAUGGUCGACCCGCACCCUUCAUUUUCACUUCCGGACACACCGGCCGAUGCAACAAUCUUGCUUGAUCAAUCUGUCAUGGAACCCACACCCUUGAUGGUUGAGGAUGGAUCUGCUAUGGUAGGUCUCAUGGUUGAGCCCACCCAAGUUCAGCCUGAGGGUCCACAAUCCUCCGGCGAAAUUGUGCUCCCGGAUGAACCAGGCAACCUCUUGCCAGAAUCCUCCGGCGAUAUUGUGGUCCCUAAUGAACCAGGUAACCUCCUGCCAGAAUAUGAUUCCUCUGAUGAGGAUAUGGAUGUUGAGGGGAAGGUUGAUCUUCCUGGUGAGGAGGUUGCAAUGGCUACAUAAUUGCUCAGUGAUAGAUGUACAUAAAUCUUUUUCAAUGCAUGUUACCUAUGCCACAAUUGAAUGAUUCAAUAAUCAGUCCC